AUGGAUUACAUGGUUAUGUUUAAGUCAUAUACGGAUGAGGUGAAAAAUAACGUCCUCGAUGGCUUGAAUAAAGAUUUACAAGGGGUGAAUAUCCUUACUUCAAAUGAGGACAGUGAUGAUGAUGGGGAUUUGGAUAGUAAUUCUAUUGGAGUACGCGUUAGUGAUGAUGUUUCUCCAAGCACCUCCAAAGAUGUAGAAGGCACCUCUGUCGAUGGGGAUCUUCAUAAGUGUGUUGCUAUGCUCAAGGAAGAAAAAGCUAAUAAAGAAGCAACAGGUGAAGAAAAAGAAGAAACUGAGGAAGAAAAGGAAGCUGAGGAAGAAGCAGUUGUUGCAGGUGAAGAUAAAAAAGAAGUUGAGGAAGAAAAGAAAGCUGAGGAAGAAGCAACUGUUGUAGGUGAACGAAAAGAAGAAGCUAAGGAAAAAAAAGAACAAGGUGAGAAAGAAGAAGCAGCUACAGAUGUUGAAAAAAAAGAGAUGAAGCUGAAGAUGGAAAGGAAGAAGCAGCAGACAAAGAAGAAGGAGAAUAGAAAGAUGAAAAAGAAGCAGACCAAAAAGAUGUGGUCAUGGAUAUCGUUGAUGAAAUCAACAAUGGAUUGUUCGCAAUCGGAAGAAGAAAAGGCGUGGGAGGAAAAAAUCAUUGAUUGA